AGACAAUUGUAAACACACCAGAAACAAUUACAAUAUAUUUUUCAAUUUUUGACAGUAGAAACUGUAUUUGUGAUGGCGGUUUUAGGUUGUCAAUAUAAAUAGUUUGUUGUAAUAAUAUUACAAUAAUACCUAUAUAAAAAAAUUAAAUCAACAAAUGCAUUUGUGAUAUAAAUGAUAAAUUUUUUCAUCUUGAUUAUCAGCUGUUUAAUGGAAAUUGGGUCAUAUUAGAAUCGCCAUUUGGUGAUUCAUGAAUAAAUAUUAAACGCCAUAUAAUAUACCUAUAUUAAUCACAAAGUUCCAAUUAAUACAAGUGAUUAGUGUUAUAAUUGUAUUUUAUAAGAAUGGGUGACAGAAAAGAGGAUGAACGUCAACCACUUUUGCAAAAUGACAAUAUCACAUAUAGCUCAAAUUCAACUGAUAUUAUUGAUGGUACAGAAUCAAAUGUCAAUACAGUAUCACCAAUUGGCCCAGAUGAAGUUCCUCCACCUUAUCAAUCACCCCAAGGUGGUAUGCCAAUGGUUACCUGCAGAGUAUGUCAAGCAAUGAUUGAUAUAUCUGGUAAAAAAGAUCAACAUGUUGUCAAAUGUAGUCAGUGCAAUGAAGCAACACCAAUAAGAAAUGCACCACCUGGAAAAAAAUAUGUAAGAUGUCCAUGCAAUUGUUUAUUAAUAUGCAAAAGUUCAUCACAAAGAAUUGCAUGUCCAAGACCAAAUUGUAAACGUAUUAUUAAUCUUGCACCUAGUCCAGUUACACCACCAAUUCAUUCAAUGCCUGGAAUGUGCAGAGUUUGUUGUGCUCAUUGUAAUGAUACAUUUUUGUUUAAUACAUUAAAUAAUGCUUUGGCAAGAUGUCCACAUUGUCGUAAAGUAUCAUCUGUUGGUCCUGAUUUUGCUAAAGGACGUGGAAUAAUGUUUAUCAUCAUUGGUAUGAUUGCCCUGAUUAUUGGAGCUGCUGUAACGGCUGCUACAUAUAAUAUUGCAAGUCAAAACGGUAGCAUCUACGUGGCAUAUAUUGGUGCAUUUUUGAUUGCUUUACUUUGUCUUGGACGCAGUGUUUACUACUGCACAUUGAAAAUUAGUCUUAUAGAGGGUCCAUUGUAGGAUUAAUUUUAAUAUUAUUAUUAUUAUGAUAAAAGAUUAUUAAAAAAAAUUAAUACACGAUAGACUCGACACGCUAUUAUAAAUGAUAAAUCAAUAAUGAGUCAACAACAAAAAAAUAAAAUAUAAAGAAAAAGGAAAAAAGAGGCUAAAAAUUAAAUUUUAAUUAUUCAUAUGAUACGCUAUAUUAUUCAUGGAUAUUUAUUAUUAUUAUUAUUAUUUGAAAUUGGUUGACAUUAUGAUACAAUGUCUCAAUAAACCAGACACCAAGAUGACGACAGCUGCAGUCUUGAUAAAGUAUCAUUUUACAUUUGUAAUAAAAAAAUACUUUUUAUUAUUUUUAUUUUUAUUUUUUUGUUCUUUAUUUAUUAUUUGUCAUAGAAAUUCAAAUGAAAUAAUAAUCAUGCAAGAAAUAAAUAACUUUUUUUUUGCUUUUAUAAUAUUUUAUUAUUACAUUUAUAUUUUUUUUUUUUUUAUAAAUAAAUAAAAUAUGCAUUUGUAAGUAAACAUGAUGUUAUACAUAGAUAUCUAUUCCAAUAAAAUGUAGUUAACGGUUAAUCUUUUAAAUUAAAAAAGAAAAAAAAAAAAAAAAAACAA